CGAUGUACUUUAAUUAAGUAGAUUCUACAUCACCUGAUACAUUUCAAGUGGCCUGAUGAUCCCGGGGUUAUAAAAUACGCUACUGAUUACUAUUCUCUGUAGUUCAAUUUGUUCUUUUGCUCUGAAGUUUUAAUGGCAGCUAAAAGUAUGGAUUUCCUUACAAAAUUUAUGUUUGGGAUUUAUUUAUUUCUUGUUGUUCAUGGUAGACCAGACAUAAUUGAAGAAGAAAUAUUAGAUGAAAUUUUAUACAAUUAUAACAAGCUAGCCAGACCAGCAACGAUUGAACAUCCAACGGUUGAAGUAACACAUGGAGUGAACUUGAUUAAAAUAGAGGAAUGUGAUGGUAAAACAUUAAAAGCAAUGACAUGGCUUCCUAUAGCCUGGACAGAUCUUCGUCUGGCUUGGUCAUUAGACUUCUAUGACCUUGAUGCACUUACUCUCCCGUCAGACUUAUUGUGGACGCCAGAUAUCGUUCUUUACAACAGCCCUUCAUCACACGCUGGUAAUGCUUACAAUCCGCGCGUUUACAUCUUCAACAGUGGUUCCCUGUCCUGGUAUCCUCCUACUACCAUAACUACUAAUUGUGAAGGGAGCGAAAUCGAUAACACUGUCAUAUUUUGCCUAAUGCGAUUUGGUUCUUGGUCAUAUCAUGGUAAGGCACUGGACAUUCAGCUAUCCUCAGACUUUGUUGACAUUGAAGAUUAUAUUGAACAUCCUGAAUGGGAAUAUGUGAAUUCCACAGCAUAUAAAGCCGUACAGCUGUACGCAUGCUGUCCCGAACCGUAUCCAUAUGUUAUGUAUAAUAUAACAUUACGCAGGCGUGAUAAUUCGCAGUCAUACAAUGUAGAAAACAAUCUUCCCCAUUCUAUCAAUGGUGUCAUUGAAAAUAGGGAUCCAAACAGCAAUGUGAAUUCCGAUACAUCAGUUCUGGAUAAAGACAGUAGAAUUUAUCAAACAAAUAAUACUAUAAGUGGAAAAGGAAGUGAUACGGACAACACAGACUCGGGAGGAAAAUGAUGGGGCAACAUAGACACUCGAGGAAAAAAAACCACAACAUUAAAUACAGCCUUAAUACCGGUGUAAUUUGUUUUCUGUUAAUUAAGAAUGCACUGAGUUUGUACAUAUGUUUACGCUCCAAAAAUACCAUAAGUGAUUUCUUAUUCGGGACCACGCUGUUUCCAUUGUAUGAAAUUUUCGUGCUGUAGAUAAAUUAAUUUAUAUUUAAUAUAUAUUUGUUGAUUGA